CAUAUUACUUUCUGGUUGAAUAUUUUUUUUAUGGCGGAUGAAACUUAUGUGACAUUAAUUUAUAGGGAAAAUAUGUAGGGGUCCAUUUAAUAUAUUAUUUAUUAUGCGCGCUCAUACACCUCGAGGCAGGACGAAAGAGCAAAUGCUUGACUGAGAACACUUGACUGAGAAACCGCAAAUGACAAACCAUUCUAGAAAGAGGAACACGACGCGAGCUAAACGACCCUAACACGGUUCUUAAAAUACGUUUCGCUUUGAGUAACAGUCGGAGUGGAAGAUAAGCGAAACUGCUUCUCUUUUUCAAUAAGGCAAGUCUGGAGAGUCCACAGCCCUACUUUUGAUGGUCUACUGCUUCUGCAAACUGAUGAUGUCUCCGCGAUAUCUAAAGUGAUUUUUGUUAGCUCAUAAAAGUCAUAAAAGUCAGUGGUUACCGUCGCCGCGGGUCUUCAAAUAAUUGCGCAGAGGUGCAUCAUGAAGGACCAAAGCAGUAAGGAUGAAAUUAGACAAAUAUUUGAAGAGGCUCCGUCAGCAAGACAAGCCCUAUUGGACAACCACAAGAACCUGUUGAAAGUGGCCGAAUACUGCGAGACCAACUAUCUGCAGGGAGGAGCAGAUGCGGCUAAGGCCCUGGAGGAGACGAAGAACUUCACCACCCAGUCCCUGGCCAGCGUGGCCUACCAGAUCAGCACCCUGGCUACCAAUGUCCUCAAGCUACUGGACGCCCAGAACUCCCAGCUCAGGCACCUGGAGUCCUCCGUCAAUCUUAUUGGACAGACGGUGGACAUGCACAGGGAGAAAGUGGCCCGGAGAGAGAUUGGGGUUUUCACCACAGCCAAGAGGGUUCCCCGCAGUCACAAAAUAAUCCCCCCGGCAACAGGCAAAGAGCCCAAACGGAAGUACACCCGCAGUUCUAUCGUCUACUCAGAUCUGGACACACUGGGACACGGGAUGAAGGACUCUGGCAGACUGCUGGACAGAGCAGGAUCAACACGGAAACAUGGUGGAACUAUCAGCAGGAGCAGUUCUAGAGCGCCCCCGGAGCCUGUCCAGUGUCCCGUGGCCCCCUCUAUGUCACAGGGGGGUUCUGUCACCUCUCUCAGUGACCGCUCCAUUGGGUCCAGCUUCGGCAAGGCCGUGGCUCCCCCUGUGGUCCCCAACUGGCCCUCAUCCCCGGACUCUGACAUCAUCAGCACCCUGCUGGAGGAGGACCCACCUCCGCCCCCACCCUUUUCUCUGAUGGAGAAUGGUGACGCUGCGAUGUCAGCUCCGCCUCCACCCCCUCCUCCCUUUGCACCACCUGCCUCCACCUCCCUGGAUGUCCCGGCUCCUCCUCCGUUGCCCCUGGUCAACACCCCUCCGGGCCAUGCUGGGAUCCCCCCUCCCCCGGCCCCACCUCCACUAGAGACUGUGGCUGAAGAAAACAGCUUCCCGCCCCCUAUGCCACCACCGUCUGAGGAGAUUCUCCCUCCUCCAAUCAGUGAGGGCCUAGGGCUCCCGGGCCCGCCCACUCUGCUGGGUGACCAUUUGGAUGGAGCUCCGCAGCCCAGACGGUCUCGUGUGCGCCGUCACCCUCCCAGCUCGCGCUCCGUGUCCCUCAGGGUCCGUACGGGCCCUAGCUCUCGCUCGCUCUAUACUCGCUCGCUAUUCCUGCCAUCCAUCCAAUCACUCAUGAUCCCCCCUCCCCCUCCAUACCCUCCUCCUCUCGCCCCUCCUGUGUCGCUGAGCCCCCUGUCCAGGCUGCCAGCCCGUCUGGAGCACCUGGAUCUGGUUAUCCCGGCGCCGCCUCCACCGCUGUUUUAUGAGGACACCAUGCCGCCCCUACCUCCCCCCGUGGAUUAUGACGUCACAGCCCCGGCACCGUUUAUGGACAAAGUGGUGGCGCUGUACAGCUACAACACUGGGAAGCAUGGGGACCUGGUUUUCCAGGAGGGAGACAUAAUCUACGUGACCAAGAGGAACGAAGACGGCUGGUGUGAGGGACAGCUCAACGGACAAGAGGGCUUCUUCCCAGGGAACUACGUGGAGUCCUGCACCUGAUGUCUGAACAAAUAGGCUCUGUCCCUGGACAACACCUUGACCCCUGAUUCUUCUGCCCUCUGCUCAGGGACCCCCAGGCAUAUUGCAAUGUUGUUGUAGCCCUGGACAGGGAACAUCUGAUUCAGUAAUCAAGGGGCUUGAUGAUUACCUGACAAGUCUAAUAAGGUGUGCCCCUACCCAAAAAUUGGCCAAAUAAUAUAUCUUGAAACAAAUGUCUUUUUCCAAGUACAUAUACUGAUGCAUAUGAUACAUUUGAAUAUGCACUUCAAUUCAUAAAAUACAGAUUACAAUUCAUAAAAUACUUUUGUUCGCUCCCUGUAUGGGAUUCAUGUUGAUGUAAAAAAAAAAAAAAAAAAAGAGUAUAAAACAUUUUUA